UCGAAGAUCGCACACCGGUUUGUGUAUCGUGUCGUCACCGCUCCAAACAGCCCCCGACGACAAAAAACCAAAAAAUCCCUCGAAAAAGACUCGUAAGUAAAAAACUUUAAUUACCAAAAAUGCCCACCUCCCGCUCAGAUCCAUAAAAAUGAGUGAGUCGCCUGUGAAGAGGGCCAGAGUAGAUGUCAAUGAGGAUUUACCUCUGGACCUCAGCAUGAAGCGAAGGCCGACAGGAGCAGAUCCUCAAGAGCCCCAGAAUCCCCCGAAUUACCCUCCCGAGAAUUCCUCGUUAAUUCCAGAGCCGAUUCCCCCGGACAUUCCCACCCGCAUGCUGUCCCUCGAGUACUCCCUGACGAAAACCCUCCAAGGGGUUCUGUUUCGAGCCCCAGUGGAGUACCUCUACAGUCCAAUUGAAUACGCCUUCUCAGUGCACUUGAAUUAUCUGAAAAAAUUCUGUAACAAUGAGAAGAAAAUCCUGUUCCUGGGGAUGAACCCGGGCCCCUGGGGCAUGUCCCAGACUGGGGUGCCCUUCGGUGAGGUGAACACAGUGGUGAAUUGGCUGGGACUCAGUGGUAAUGUUGACAGACCUCCCAGGGAACAGCCUGACAGGAGAGUCCAGGGAUUAUUGUGCAAACGAAGUGAUGUAAGUGGUAAACGUUUCUGGGAGUUGUUCAAAAGGCUGUGUUGCACUCCAGAGGUUUUUUUUCGUCACUCAUUCCUCAGGAACUACUGCCCAGUGGCACUCAUGGACGCUGGAGGACGGAAUAUCACGCCUGCUGAGCUGAAGGCAACAUCUGUUUUGGAAUUAUCUAGUGUGGACCGAGGCGAGGGGAUUUUUUCAUUGAUUUCUCUUGGGGUUUUGCAGAGGCCUGAGCAGACCAGGGUCGUCCAGCUGUGCGACUGGUUUCUCGGGGAGAGUGUCAAGGCUCUGAGGGCCGAGGUCAUCGUUGGGGUUGGGAGGUUCGCGGAGAAGAGGGCCAGGCACGUUGUUAAGACUUUCGGGUUGUCCACACAAGUCUUCUGGAUGCCCCACCCCAGUCCCCGUUCCACCGGCACCCAGGACUGGAGUACAAAAGCCCAGGAGAUCCUCCAGGACCUGAACCUCCUGAAAUUCUUCAGCAAUGAAGCAAACCCCCCUGCAGCACUCGUCAUCCCUCCAAAUAGCGAGCGAGGAGACCCUCAAAUGGAUGGACGUGGCCCUCUCCAAGGCUGAGGACUCCUUGAGAGCUGGCGAAGUCCCCGUGGGCUGUCUCUUCGUCUACGAGGGGGAAAUCAUAGCCACUGGGAACAACAGAGUCAACGAA